AGGAGGAGGAGGAGGAGGAGGAGGAGGAGGAGGAGGAGGAGGAGGAGGAGGAGAAGGAGAAGGAGAAGAGAGAAGCAUCUCUCUGUUGAACUUCUCUCCUUUGUGAAUCUUCAGCUUGCAACUCCAACUCAAGAUUUGAACUACGUCUCCCCAUCCCAAGAUCACUGAUAUUUCAAUAUGUUGGCGCUGACAUUAUUCUCACUUGUAUGUCUUGCUGUUGCCAUCGCUUUCGCCUUCCUGGAUGUUUGGUAUCUCUCUUUGUUUGGCCUCAUAUACUGUCGUUGGAGAUUGGCAAGCCCCAAAAGAAAAGUGUUGGAAGAAAGCAUAAUGUACAACUGCGUCUUGCCUUUUGAUCUGGACCUUAUGUGGCACAUGAAUAAUGGGCGCUAUGCCUGGAAGGCCGAUUUUGGCCGUUAUUGGUACAUGUUCUCCUGUGGCCUCAUACAAACCAUCUGGAAGAAGACGCACAGCACCAUGAUGACGUCUUCCUCUUGGCGCUUCCGGCGGUCUUUGAAACUGUGGGAACGCUUUGCUAUCCGGACACGCAUGUUAUGCUGGGACGACCACGCGUUUUACCUGGAGCAACAAUUUAUCAAUUGCAAAGACGGGUUUGUCCACGCUGUUGUGCUGGUCCAGCAUCACGUAACUGGCAUGUCUCCAAGCGAAGUCAUCCAGAUUCUGUAUGGGAGGCAGGUGGAAUCGCCUGAAAUCCCCGAAGACGUCCAUUACUGGCUGAAAAGCAUGCAAACCAACAGAGAAAGAAUGAAGAAGGAUAUCGAGAAAAAUAGCAAAAGCAACUAGAAGGUUCUUUAGAUCUGCUGACAUCUUCAGAAAUGUGUGGGACCACCUUUUCUUCUCUAUCAAGCUAAAAAGAUGUUAUUCCUUUU